GUCUUUUAAAUGUCAGACUCAGAACAGAAUGAAGCUGAUGGCCGACAACUAUGAAGAUGAUCAUUUGAAGGCCGCACACGACCACACGAAUCACAAACCCUCUCCAGAUCAGGAUGAUGAGGAGGGUAUUUGGGCGUAGCCAGCCUUAUGCCCUUCCCCUCUCUUUCACAGCCUUUUUGUUCAGAAGGAUGAUACCCCCUCUUCUUGCCCUUUCCCAGAACCGCAGUAAGCUCAAACUCUACAUCGCCCACUUGACAGACCUCUGCCACGACCGAGACCCCAGCAUCCUCAGCCAGCUCUCGCCUCCCUCUCACUACCACCGCAGCGACCCUGAAGACUGGGAGGAGGAGCUUCAGAAGAUGAGCCGUGAACAGUUGGAACGAGAGUUGGAGGCGUGUGAGAAGGAGAGCGGGGAGCUGCAGGAGUUUGCCAAUUCGGUUCUCCAGCAAAUCGCAGACUACUGCCCUGAUAUCCUGGAACAGGUUGUCAAUGCGCUGGAGGAGUCAUGUUGACAAAUCUGACCUCGGACUUAGGCAAGCAGAGCCCAGGAAGAACCCCACCCAAACACCCACCACCACCAUCAU